CGUUGAAAAUCAGCUGAUCAAGUGUAGACAUCUUUAGUCACGACUACAACGGUUAAGUCAUACAUUCCUGGCUGUAUUUCUCUGGAAACAAGAUCCUAGACUGCUGCAACCAUGGCGCUCAGCGAUGCCGACGUUCAGAAGCAGAUCAAACACAUGAUGGCCUUCAUUGAGCAGGAGGCCAAUGAGAAGGCAGAGGAAAUUGAUGCCAAGGCGGAAGAGGAGUUCAACAUCGAGAAGGGCCGUCUGGUGCAGACCCAGAGGUUGAAGAUCAUGGAGUAUUACGAGAAGAAAGAGAAGCAGAUCGAGCAGCAGAAGAAAAUUCAAAUGUCUAACCUAAUGAACCAGGCUCGUCUGAAGGUGUUAAAGGCUCGCGACGACAUGAUUUCAGAAAUGUUGAGCGAGGCGCGUCAACGGCUGGCCAACAUAGCCAAGGACCCAGCCAGGUACCCAGCACUGAUGGACGGGCUGGUUCUGCAGGGUUUCUAUCAGCUUCUUGAGACCAAAGUGACCAUCCGCUGUCGUAAACAGGACCUGCAGGUGCUUCAGACGGCUAUCCAGAAGACCAUUCCCAUCUAUAAAGCAGCAGUGAAGAACAAUAUUGAGGUUCGCAUCGACCAGGACAACUUCCUGUCCCCAGACAUUUCUGGAGGUAUUGAAAUCUACAACGCUGAUGGGAAGAUCAAGGUGUCCAACACCCUAGAGAGCAGACUGGACCUCAUGGCUCAGCAGAUGAUGCCUGAGAUUCGAGUGGCUCUCUUUGGUCAGAACCAGAACCGCAAGUUUUUGGACUGAGUGUCUCCAUCCAUCGUCUUGAAGAGGAGUUAUUUAUUUUUGUUGUGUGAAAGUUACCAUUCCUGUGUCUGUGAGAAGAAUUCCAAAAACGCAGUUAGAAAUGGAAAAGACACCAUUUGUUGUUUUGUCAUGUAUUGUUGUAUUUCUGUAUAUCUUGGGACAGUAUAAAAGUUGAACUUCAUUGCAGAUAUGAGUAGGAGGAGCAACUUUUGCACAGUGUUAAUGGAUCUGCUGCUCCCCCUGGGGAUCUUGGUUUACACACCGUUUACACACCGGAGUCAUCAGCCCGUGUAGGCUUACCCUGGCGUGACGUUUUGAUAACUGUAUAAAUCUCUCUAGGACAAGGUCACUUUUAUCAUUGUAUUAACCUCAAAAAAUUUUACCGCUAAUGUGGCUAUAAUAAAGAACUACAAAUGCGGGACGAGACUGACGAAUCGAGGCAAAGGUAAGAAUCUCUAGCAUUUUCGGAUAUGAGAGUAAAUAGAGCUGAAUAUAUUGAUAAGUCACCUUGUCCUAGAGAUUUACAUGGUUAUCAAAACAUCACCCCAGGGUAAGCCUACACAAAACAGCCCUGUGUAAGUGUUUCUAAAUUUACCUAAGGGAAAAAAUUAUGGUGGGAAAAUUAUCGGAACCAUUUCAUUGUUUGACUGCUAGGUUUUAUGGGUAUUGUGACACCUUCACUCUGGGGCUCUAUUGUAGCCGAUGCAUCUUGUAUCGGUUCCUUAUUUCAUCUAAUAACAUCUUCCUCUCAUGAAAAAAUAUAAUAAAAAAUUGCAUGGAGCAUUGACUCACCCAUAGCUAUUUGUUCCCAUCUAUCACAAUUAAAAGUGAUGCCGGAAAAACAUUGAA